CAUACCUAGAAGUCAUGUGACGUAGGCGUGUAGUUCUUUUAUUCAAUGCCCCCGCCAGCAUACAGCCCACUAAACUUCACUAAUCUUUGAAGUGUAAGAUCUAACAGGAACUGUGACACUCUAAUUUGUGCUCAACAACACUUUGUCGCGACACAAUUAAAUCCUCACACAUUAUUCGAACCCCCCGGAUAUAUCUGGAAGUUAGCGGGAUAUCUAUUAUGAGAAUCUGAAAAGCCAUCCCCUAUACGAAAUCACCAAUCGUUCGAAUUUCUCUCCACCACCAUGCCUCCCAAAAAGAAGGAAGAGCCCAAAGGCAAAAAGCCUUCUGCCUCGAAGGUAGCGGAGGACAAGACUUUUGGUAUGAAAAACAAGAAAGGCUCAGUGGCCCAGAAGCACAUCAAACAGAUCCAAGCAUCAGCAAAGGCAGGGGGUAGUGCCGAGGAGAAAAAGAAGCAAGCAGAGAGAGAAGCCCGUCUUCAAGAGAAGAAGGCUGCCGAGGAUGCGAAGCGAGAAGCUGAGGCUAUGCUCAACAAACCAGCACAAAUCCAAAAGGUUCCUUUCGGUGUCGACCCCAAAACCGUUGUCUGUAUCUUCUUCAAGAAGGGCAAUUGCGAAAAGGGGAAAAAGUGCAAAUUCGCACACGAUCUCUCUGUUGAACGUAAGACGGAGAAGAAGAACCUCUACACUGACGGCCGGGCAGAAGAGGAGGAAGAGAAGAAGAAAGAGACAUCUGAGGAUUGGGAUGAAGAGAAGUUACGAAAGGUGGUACUCUCCAAGAAGGGCAAUCAACAAACUACCACCGACAAAGUUUGCAAAUUCUUCACUGAAGCGAUCGAAGACGGGAAGUAUGGUUGGUUUUGGACAUGUCCAAACGGAGGCGACAAGUGCAAAUAUAAACACGCCCUUCCACCGGGUUUCGUGCUCAAGACUAAAGAGCAGCGCGCUGCCGAGAAAGCACUUAUGGACAAGUCUCCGCUUAAGACUUUGACUCUUGAAGACUUUUUAGAAUCGGAAAGACACAAGCUUACCGGCACUCUCACGCCUGUCACCCCGGAAAGUUUUGCUAAAUGGAAGCAGGAACGCUUGGGUAAGAAGGCUGCCGAGGAACAAGCUCGACAAGCCAAGGAAUCUACCGGCCGUGCGUUGUUCGAGAGUGGCAACUGGAGGUAUGGCGAAGACGACUCCGAAGACGAAAAUGAUGAUGACGCCUGGAAUCUGGAGAAGUUAAGGCAAGAGACACAAGCUAUCCGAGACAGAAAGGAGGCAGAGCGAGUAGCCGCAGAAGCAGGCUAUUCGGCCGAUUCAUAUCAACCGCCUAGUACUGGCAGUGGUACUCCUGUGGUUGCAGGCUCCUGACUUGUUUCGCAAAUGGGCACCGAAAUGAGAACUCUGGGUGAAUUAGCAGAGUUCUAUCUCGACAAGUGGGUAAUACACAAGACAAGCGACGAGUCAAGGAUCACGACCCGUCAGCUUGGCUCGGGUAUACCCGUUACGUCUAGGCCAUAGCAAAUCCUGCAUGGGAUUCAGCUAUUCUUUUGAACCAUGCGAGACAAUAGGGGAUCUGUCAUCGUAUUGACGGGUUCAGUCUUCUGACUUAGGUUUAUAUAGGCCAUACCAAUCGGGGAUCGAAUCAAAUUGAAGAGCAUAGGACAACUUAUACAUUUUGCUGUCGUGUCUUCCGAACAAAGUGUUUGAUAUCAGCUGAUACUAUUCAAUUCAUUCACCUUCUGGAGUGCUAAAUAC